UUCUGAUCGUGCAAAAAAAAAAACAAAUGGCUUAUUUUCAAAUGGAAGGACAAGAAUUGACUAUCACCCAACAACUGGAGAGGUACAAGCAAAGGGAUUUGCAUAAGACUCAAUAUUUUCGCAUGGCACAAAAAUGCUUCGGGCCAGCAAAACUAAGAGUCAGGCGAUUCAAUGCCGCUCCUUUGAAUUCGGCCUCAACUCGCUCCAUCCACAUAAAAACCAUUCAGAAGGCCAUGAAACAACAGAUAGAGAAAGGAGAGAAAGAACUUCUGGAAGUGGAAAGCCAGGAGAGAGAGGACGAGUACACCAAGUGGAUGCGAGAGAGAAAGAAGAUGAGGCGAGAUCUGACAUCCAUCGAAGCCUUGAAAUACUGGUUGGAGAAUAAAAUGUCUCUGACUGAAAUUGAGACGUAUGUGUUGGAAAGAAUACUGGAGCAGGAAGAACGCAGAAGAGCAGAGAGAGCCAAGUUGGCAAGCGCUAUGAUGGAUGUCGAACCGCAGCGGCGUGCCAAGGUCAGUAUCACCACUCCGUUGAUUCUGCGGCCCUCUCCGAAGGCGAUUAUGCUGCUACAGCAACACCUGAACAAAAACAGGCUGCGAUUACUCGAUUUCUUCAAAAUUACCGACAAAGAAAAGAGAUGGAAGCUAUCGAAGAGUAACCUUCAAGAUGUCAUUAUGAAGGCUCACAUUCCAAUCAGUGACCUAGAGCUGGAUGAUAUGGUAGAUACACUGGGUAAAGCGGGCGAUAUUUUAUACAAAGAUCUUGCUCAUGGUCAGAAGACCUGGAAGAAGGAAGUCCGUCAGGAAGUUCGGAACCAAUUGUAUCAAUCAGAUCGCGGCUUUCCCUCUAUUAUUCUGACCACCUCGUAUCUCACUUUAAUAUCUAACCGUUGCCCCGAAAAACCCUGUACAGCUGUACCUUACAUAAACACUUCAAUAGAGCCCUAUCCCCUGGUAAAACUAUCAAACAACCUACAAGUUCCGCCGAUCGAUCUGUCCGAGAGAAGACCAUUUACAGCAGAGGAGCUGAGGCUUUUCCAGCAGUGGAAAUUGGGAAGCGACAAACUAUUGAAGGAGAACAAGGAAUACCAGGAAAAAGUGCAAAUAUGUCAAUUUAAAACAGGAAUUGAUCAGGCUGUGGCCUGCCAUUCCCUGCUGUCCUCACUGAAAGGACCAGAUGGUGAAGCCACGAAUGAGUUUCGGCAACGAUGCUUAACGGAAUACUAUAGACUUCAGCAGGUGCUUAAGGAGUAUAAUAUACUCCUUACCGAAGGUUUGCUGGAAAGAGCGGUACUUCACCCGGGAGACAAGACUUUACCAGGAGUUGGAAAAAAAUACCGGUUGAGACAGCCUGGGACAAAUCUGUUCAAUAUUAAGGAGAUCAAUGACUGGUUCACUGCUAGAGAACGUACAUUAAUGGAUCAGCUGGAUCAAGCGGAAAUGGAGACUGAGAUUGAGAUCGAUAAGGAUGUGUCCGAGGAGCAGAAGAAAACCUUACUCUCUGAGCAAGACGACACGGAUACGCAAAAAGAAGAAGAGCAAACAAAAAUAGGAAAACAAGUGACGAAAAUAGGAAAACAAGUAACAAAAAAAGGAAAACAAAAUACGGAAACAAAACAAAUCGAAAGCAAAGUAAAACCAAAACCUCCCCGGAAAUCUUUCCCCACUAAACAGCCUGGAAUACUCACUAGAAAGGGAAACAUCAAACAACCAGGACAGAACAUGGCAUUUGAUGAAUAUGAGAAAAACAGAAGAAAGCAGAGAGGGCUGAUUAAUCGCAACGUACCCUGGUAUGCCCAGGCCAAUCGAGAUGCCUUCUGGCCUGGUCACCAGCUGGACAAAUUGCGUAUGUAUCUCCCAGAUGUCAAGCUGAAGCACGAGGAGGUUCUGUUCAGCAACACUCGCCAAGGACCGCAAAGCAAUCCUGGCUACAGCAACGAAAUCACUUGGCCAGUUAGCAACCAGGGAUACGUCAGCUAUGGCGAUAUAGAUAUGAGAAAAGUCUACAUCUUGUAGCUCGCUCUGCUGGGAAUCCAUUUGAACAACAAC